AUGGAAAGCCGAGCAACGAAAUACCGAAGAUUUUCACUUCAGACUCAAAGCUCCCUCAACCCGGAACCCGCUUCUCCCAUCUCGGUAGUAGUUUCAGGCUCGGAAAACAUGCUUAAUCUGACUGGUUUGAUGAGAGGGACAGAAUACAAUGUCACGGUAACAGCUGAAGGCAAACCGGAUCCUAUCACCGGAGCCAUCGUGGGAUAUGGACAGCCAGCGUCGAUUCUGAUCUCUCUAAUUCCCACCGGUAAGAGGCUUUGUUAA